ACAGCUGCACUCACUCGCCGCGCUUCCUGUGCGCCUGCAACAGGAGCUGCUACGAACUGAGAGAAACACAGCGGUGGAGUCUGAGCGUUCAGGACGGUUCCUCCCGUUUGUUAAGGAACCUCUCACUCAUGGAGGCUACAGGGAAGUACGACUUUGACGCUGCCGGUGAGGAUGAGCUGACUUUCAGAAGAGGAGAUGAAAUUAAGAUUCUGCAGGUCGUUGGCAACUGGUACAAAGCAGAACGUCACGGAGCCGAGGGCUUCGUGCCCAAAAACUUCAUCGACUUCCAGCUGCCCAGCUGGUUCCAGGAGCAGCUGAGACGCAGCGAGGCCCAGCAGAGGCUGGUCCAACGGCCGGUGGGAGCCUUCCUCAUACGGAGCAGCCAGCACGCAGAGCCCGGCAACUUCUCCCUGUCCGUCAGGCGUGUGAGCGACGUGCAGCACUUUAAAGUGAUGCGGGACAAACGAGGACAAUACUGCGUGUGGUCGGAAAAGUUCCCUUCUCUCAACAAACUGGUGGAUUUCUACAGAGAGAACUCGCUUUCCAAAAACAGCCAGCUGUUUCUACUCAGAGAGGAGGCGACUCCCACCGACCGCCCGUCAGGUCCAAACCCUCGCGUCUCCAGCGCCGCACCUGCACCUGCACCUCGACAGAGCCAAAGCUGCCCCGCGGCCCCGCUGCAGGUCAAGGCCCUGUACAGCUUCCACGCCGAGGAGGCCGACGAGCUGGAGUUCCGCGCCGGCGACGUCAUCCAGGUCCUAGACCGCUCCGGCCCGGACUGGUGGAAGGGCCAGCUGAGAGGCAGGACGGGGCUGUUCCCCUCCAACCACACCACAGUCAUGUGACAGGAAGUGAGGCCGCGCGUCUGCUGACAGACCGGGUCUGGGUUGUUUGAAAGGAGAAUGCAGACUAACGCGCUGGUUUACACUCACACAUACUGGAAAUGAGGCAAAGUUACAUAAUGCUGGAAAACCAUUCAGACGAAACAAAUCUAGUGAAUCGGACAUAAUUUAACAUAUUUAAUUGUUUUAAUGGCAACAUACUGUAAAUACUGAAAGUUUAUAAUAAAUAGACUUUGAAAUGUUGAA